AUGCGAGGCGUAGCAGUGCUGGUAUGCGCGGCGGCGAGUCUGUUUGCCAGCGUACGCGGCAUGUACUCGAGUGAGGACAGCGUGAAGGUGCUGGAUCCGGAGAGCUUCCGCGAGAAGGUGCAACAGGACUCAGGCGUGUGGCUUGUGGAGUUCUACGCGCCGUGGUGCGGUCACUGCAAGGAGCUGACGCCCGAGUACAAGAAGGCGGCCAAGGCGCUGGAGGGCGUCGUGAAUGUGGCGGCCAUUGAUUGCCAAGAGCACGAGGAGUUCGUGAAUGAGUACGAGGUGCGCGGCUUCCCUACCAUUAAGAUCUUCACUGAGAACAAAGCCAAGCCCUUGUCUUUUGACGGCGAGCGCACGGCCAAGGGCCUCGUGGACGCCGCACUCACAGCCUCACGACGUAUGGUCAAGGCGCGUCUGUCAGACAGCACAGAGAAAAAGAAGCGGAAGCCCAAGCCGCAGCCCAAGAAGAAGUCACCCAGUGGCAAGAGCAGCGUCAUCACUCUCACUGACGACACGUUCGAUGAGAUGGUGCUUAACAGUGGAGACGUGUGGCUUGUGGAGUUCUACGCCCCGUGGUGUGGUCACUGCAAGGCUCUGGCCCCAGAGUGGGAGCAAGCAGCAUCCGACUUGAAGGGAUCCGUAAAGGUCGCUGCGCUAGAGGCGACGGCCAACGAGUUGAAAGCUUCGGAGUACGGCAUCCAGGGAUUCCCGACCAUUAAGGUGUUCGGACCGAAUGCUAUGGGUCCCCAGGACGCUGACGAUUAUCAGGGUGAACGUACAGCAUCAGCUAUCACGGAGUUUGGUCUCGCGGCGCUAGAUGCCUUGGGUGGCGGCCUGCGCAUCAAAGAGCUUGUCUCCGCUGACGCGGUGACAGACUUUUGUGAGGGCAAGUCCAGUUGCGUUAUUAGCGUGCUGCCCCACAUUACUGAGGGUGGUAAGACCGCACGUGAGGGCUACAUUAACACACUCGAAGAAGCCGCGAAGCUGGUGCGUGGCAAGCCAUUCAAGUUCGGAUGGAUGCAGGGAGGCGACCAGCUUGACUUUGAAAACCGCUUUGAGCUGACGUUCGGGUACCCGUCGCUGGUGGCUAUCAACUUGGACCGCAAGCGAUACGUGGUGCAGCGCGGUGCCUUCACAGCGGAAGCGAUCGCUGAGUUUUUGCAGAAUGUCAUUCAGGGCCGCGAGUCGACGGUUGGAUUCGACGAGCUGCCGGAGAUUAAGACGGUCAAGUCAUGGGACGGCAAGGACGUGCAGCUGGAUGAGAUCGAAGAGGACGACGAGGACGACGACAUCAUGAACGAAAUCCUGGGCAGCGCUGCUGAGAAGGAUGAGCUUUAA